AUGUACGAUUUGAAAACCUAUCCUGGCUUUACGGUCGUGGGUAUCCGAGAUAGGAUAGUGUUUUUUUCCGCUGCUGGCGCUGUGCUGCAUGAAAUAGCUAUUCCCCAGAAAGUGGUCGCCGAUGGAGCGAACGCAAACGGUGAACGAAACACCAGCAAUCAACCCCAACAACCGGCACAUGUGGUCGCGCUCGAGUAUUGUCCGAACGUGAAGGUGCUAGCGGUUUCCCUGAGCGACAAAUCGUUGCGGUGCUAUCAGCUCACCCUGGACCAAAAUGAUCUGCGCUCUACUCCGCUCGGGGACCGUAUCGAAACUGCAAGGACGAUUGUCUGCAUGAAAUUUGCUCCGAAGCGUGGCAUUCUGUUUGGCUCGGAUAAAAGCGAUUGCUUCGAGUAUGACGUCUUUGGUAAAUCGGAUCAACAGUCCAAAUGGAUAUUGGGUCACACAAGCCAAAUACUGUGCCUAAACGUCAGCGAAGAUGAGCGGUUCAUAGUAACGUCCGACCGGGAUGAGAAAAUAAAGAUUAGCUGCUACCCGGACUGCCACAACAUCGAGUGCUAUUGUCUGGGGCAUCUGGAAUACGUGGCGGGAUUGGAGAUGGUAACCCCGCAAAACCUCCUUUCAGUAUCUGGGGAUAAAACGCUUCGCCUGUGGGAUUACACCGAAGGUAAACAGAUCUUCUGUCACAAUCUCGAUUUUCCAGCGGUUGGCAUGGUGACGCAACCGAUGACCGAUGGAAGCGGUAUGUUGUGUGCGGUCAAGAGCUUCGUUGGGAACAAAAUCGAAGUAGCUCACGUUUCCUCUAACAAAUGCGUUACAUUCGAUCCGGUAACAGUCGACGAAAGCCUCACAAUACUGAGUGCUGCACUAACUGGGACCCUAGAGCUUAUAUUGCUAGCGAUUGAACGGGAAAAUAUGCUCCCUAAAAUUAUGGUAUUCAACUUUGUUAACGAUAAAAAACAAUUUGUACAGUGCACAGAACAUGCAUUGAGCUUAAACUUUGAAAAAUCGUUCCAAAAAGUGACGAUUGACGAUGUAAAAGAUUACACGACGCUAUUUAAACACAGCAUCGAUAACCUAACGGAAUACUAUGAGAAAAAGAAGCAAAAAAUUGAAUCGAAAAAAUCAAAAUAAA